GGCAGCGUUUUAAUAAAAGGAACCAAUUCCACAAGCAUUUUAGGGCCCGUACCCGCGUAGAAUGUCUGCGAGGGUUGUUGCCAUGACGACAUGGCUCGGCAAGGUGUAUCAUCAAACAAGUACACAAGAGUAAACCAAACCAGUGUAUGUGCCUUGAAUGCUAAACCAUCACUUCAGCAUGACAAAAUAAUUGAGCAGCACCUUUAUAGUUUUCAUCCGAUUAUCACCUGACUUUCCAUCCCCCGCCCUACAGUGGCUGAUGUACCGGCGUUGAUGUGAAGCCUCAUAAGAAGCUUAGAUUCUUAUUGCAUCGUUGCUACAGUGUCGCUACACGCCGAUCUUCUUCCAUCUAUUCAACAUCAAUCGUGCUGACGUCACACAUUUCAAAUAGAUAUCCCUGGAAACUUAACCUUGUAAUAAAACCAAUCAACCAUGUCGCCGACCGUGCCGACAACGACGGACCCGUCCAAUUCCUGGAUUCGUCUCGGCUCGUCUUCACUUCCGUCUUCAACUGCUGGCUCCGUGUCGAAUCUGAUUCGGGCCGACCAAUCAACCAGACAACAUUGCGAAGAUGAUGGCGUGCAAGGCAACAGAAUUGCCGAUGCAUACGGUAGACCUCUGGACAUGUGCAACGAAAAUGGAGGAGAACAUAACGGAAAUUGUUGGUUAUUGACGCACCAGAGUGUGUCAUCAGUAUCGCUAAAUGGAAGUUGGCCUCGUCGGGAUGAUCACGAGCCAAUGACUAUGGAGACGGCCGAGUUUUGGAUUCAUCAACUCCAUUCCGUCUUGCACGAAACUAGCUCCAAUCUCAAUCUCAUUGUUGCCUUUCAUCAUCGUCAAAUGCAGAAACGGCAAAGUCAACUAUCUUCGGAUUUAUAUGCAAAGCCAGCAGAGACGAUAAUGAAAUCCAAGUCUGUGGCAGUUCAGACAAACAGCGAAACGGACAAUGAGAAGCAAAUGGACUCUGCUAAAGAAUCGAAAUUGAGUUAUCAUCAGAAAUCAGUUGCCACACCGCGUCUUUAUUGUCAUUCAGAUUGCUCAAUUAUCGCCGCAUCACCAGCCGUUCCAUCAAAGCCAAAAGUAUCAACCGUAUCGCUGGAUGGAUGCCGUUUCCGUGGUAACAGCUGUUGCUCAGCGUCUUCCCACUGCUGCCGAACUUGUAAAACGCCUAACAGGCAAAAAAUGCCACCACCUCAUCGUGACGAGUCCAAGAGCAAUCACGAUCGUCAGUGGGAAAAGAAUAUCAACACAUCCAUUUUGCUGUUGAACGAUGCCUGGCAAUUGGCUGGAUUGCACACUCGUCAGCGAAUGUCCAUCCUCAGUCGCCAUUAUAGGAUUCUUUAUCGACACUAUCGGAGGCUACGCAAACGCCAUCGCCAUUUGCGUCGAUCUAUGCGCCGCACGUCUCAACAAACUCGUUACAUUCAACACCAACUUCAGAUUCUAUUGGAAUCAAUCGUGAAGCAAGUGGACGAUGUUGCCAUUGACUGGGUUGACCGUCUGAAAGGAUUGGUCGAAGACACUACAGCCGAUGGAUCUUCAUCGGAUUAUUCAUAUUCACCGUGCGACCUCACGUCACGAUCGUCGUUAGCAGGAAGGGGAUCAGAGCGACUGAAAUCAUCGCCUUUGUCAGCGCCAACAUGCAAUUCAUUCAGCCUUUAUCGAUGGUACUCUUCGUUGUCUCUGAAACUCAGCUGGAUUCAGACGUCGCAUAGGAACGUCAUCGAAAAAAUCCUCUUAUUCCAGCGUAUCUCUCAAGAUGUUUGAUGUCUUGUACGGAUGUGUAUUGCUGAUUCGC